AUGGCGACAAGUCUUUUGAAGACAUCAUCUCUCUCAGCAAGGACAAAAUUGCUAUGUCAGAGUGGAUUGUCACUCUAUAAUACAUCUCAUGGCUACCAUGAGGAAGAAAUAAAAAAAACACUUCAGCAGUUUCCUGGUGGAUCCAUUGACCUUCAGAAGAAAGAUAAUGGCAUUGGCAUUCUUACUUUGAACAAUCCAAGUAAACUGAAUGCGUUCUCAGGAGUUAUGAUGCUGCAGCUUCUAGAAAAAGUAAUUGAAUUGGAAAAUUGGACAGAGGGGAAAGGGUUCAUUGUCUGUGGGGCAAACAAUACUUUCUCCUCAGGCUCUGAUCUGAAUGCUGUGAAAGCACUAGGAACUCCAGAGGAUGGAAUGGCCUUAUGUAUGUUCAUGCAAAACACCUUAACAAGAUUUAUGAGACUUCCUUUAAUAAGUGUUGCACUGAUUCAAGGACGAGCACUAGGUGGAGGAGCGGAAUUUAUUACAGCAUGUGAUUUCAGGUUAAUGACCCCAGAGAGUGAAAUCAGAUUUGUCCAUAAGGAGAUGGGUAUUAUACCAAGCUGGGGUGGCACUACUCGGCUGGUUGAAAUACUUGGCAGUAGAGAAGCUCUCAAAGUGUUAACUGGAGCCCUCAAACUGGAUUCCAAAAAAGCUUUUAGGAUAGGAAUGGUUGAAGAGGUCCUGCAGUCUUCUGAUGAAACUCAGUCUCUAAUAGAGGCACAAGAGUGGCUACAGCAGUUUACCAAUGGGCCACCAGAAGUCAUUAGAACCUUGAAAAAGUCAGUUUCUUCAGUUAAAGAACUAUGCUUAGAGGAUGCCUUACUGUCAGAAAGAGAUCUUUUAGGAAGAGUUUGGGGUGGACCCGCAAAUUUAGAGGCUGUUGCUAGGAGAGCAAAAUUUGAUAAAUAGUUUUAAAUGUGAAGCAUUACAAGUAAAGCUCCAAUGGUGAAUAUGU